AUGGAAACUGAGAUGAAAGGUUCAUCAAAUUCUUCAAACAAAUCAUCCUCUGCGGGUGCAAAGCAACAGCAAGGAGUGAAAUUUACAAAACGUACUUCAAGUGGGAGGACUAUGAGCCUUUCAAGAGAUGAUGACAAUGACAUGUCUGGUGAUAAUUCAGGCUCAAAUGACUACAUCAAUUACACUGUGAUGAUGCCUCCCACCCCAGAUAACCAACCUGGAGCCUCUGAUUCCAAGGUAGAUGGUGCUGCAACUGGGACCUCAAGGUUUGCUGCAGAAUCUCAGCAGGAAAGGCAUGGGUUGAAUUCAGGGAAUAGCAAGUCCAUGCUGUUGAGGAGCCAAACUCAAGAUUUUGAUCACAACCGAUGGUUGUUUGAGACCAAAGGGACUUAUGGCAUAGGGAAUGCAUUUUGGCAGGAAGAUCAGAACACUUUUGAAGAAGGAGUGAGCAUGGCAGAUUUCAUGGACAAGCCUUGGAAACCACUAACUCGGAAGAUUAGAAUCCCUGGGGCUAUACUUAGCCCUUACAGGUUGUUGGUGGUUAUCCGUAUAGUAAUCCUAGUUAUGUUCUUAACUUGGCGAGUUUCGAACCCUAACCAUGAAGCUAUGUGGUUGUGGGGAAUAUCAAUUGUGUGUGAGCUUUGGUUUGCUUUCUCUUGGCUUCUUGAUAUCUUACCCAAAAUGAACCCAAUAAACAGAAGUGUAGACCUUGGUGCAUUGCAUGACAAGUUUGAUCAACCAACUGCUUCCAACCCAACUGGUCGCUCAGACUUACCAGGGGUUGAUGUUUUUGUGUCCACUGCUGAUGCUGAAAAGGAACCACCUCUUGUCACAGCCAACACCAUUCUUUCCAUUCUUGGUGUAAACUAUCCAAUUGAAAAAAUAUCAUGCUACAUUUCAGAUGAUGGUGGAGCCAUACUCACAUUUGAAGCCAUGGCUGAAGCUGUCAAAUUUGCUGAGGUUUGGGUACCCUUUUGUAGAAAACACAACAUUGAACCUAGGAAUCCCGAUGCUUACUUCAAUUUGAAGAAAGACCCCACCAAGAACAAGAAACGACACGAUUUUGUGAAAGACCGUAGAUGGAUCAAGAGAGAGUAUGAUGAAUUUAAGGUCAGAAUCAAUGGACUUCCUGAGGUAAUACGUCAAAGAAGUAAAACACACAACUCUAAAGAGGAAAAAAAAGCAAAGCAGAUAGCUAAGGAGAAAAAUGGAGGAACUCUACCAUCAGAUUACACCAGUGAUGUCCCUCAAGCUACAUGGAUGGCUGAUGGCACUCAAUGGCCAGGUACUUGGUAUAGCCCUACACCUGAUCACUCUAAGGGUGACCAUGCUGGAAUCUUGCAGAUAAUGAGUAAGGUCCCAGAUCAUGAUCCUGUAAUGGGCAUUGAAGAUGAGACAAAGUUAGAUUUCACAGGUGUAGACAUCAGGAUUCCAAUGUUUGCAUAUGUCUCAAGAGAGAAGAGACCAGGGUAUGAUCAUAACAAGAAAGCAGGAGCAAUGAAUGCUAUGGUUCGAGCCUCAGCCAUAUUGUCUAAUGGACCAUUCAUUCUCAACUUGGAUUGUGACCACUACUUCUACAAUUCCCUUGCUGUGAAGGAGGGAAUGUGCUUCAUGAUGGACCGUGGUGGUGAUCGCGUAUGUUACAUACAGUUUCCGCAAAGGUUUGAAGGGAUUGAUCCUUCUGAUCGAUAUGCAAAUCACAACACAGUCUUCUUUGAUGGAAAUAUGAGAGCACUGGAUGGUCUCCAAGGUCCAAUGUAUGUAGGAACAGGUUGCAUGUUCAGGAGGUAUGCAUUGUAUGGAUUUGAACCACCGAGAUUCAUUGAGCACACUGGUGUGUUUGGAAGAGUGAAAACAAAGGUUAACCUUAGAGCACCACAUGCAAAAGUUGAAGAUGACACGCAACCCCUAACAUCUGAUUCAGAAAUGGGUUAUCCAGAAAAAUUUGGAAGCUCAACAAUGUUCACAGAUUCCAUAACUGUGGCUGAAUACAACGGAAGGCCACUUGCUGAUCACAAAUCUGUGAAGAAUGGAAGACCACCUGGGGCACUUCUCACACCACGUCCACCUUUGGAUGCCCCCACCGUUGCUGAGGCCAUUGCUGUCAUCUCAUGCUGGUAUGAGGACAAGACUGAAUGGGGGGACAGGGUAGGUUGGAUUUACGGGUCAGUAACUGAGGAUGUGGUGACUGGUUACAGGAUGCACAACCGUGGUUGGAGAUCAAUUUAUUGCAUUACAAAGAGAGAUGCUUUUCGUGGAACUGCACCAAUAAACUUAACAGAUCGUCUGCAUCAAGUGCUGAGAUGGGCCACAGGUUCUGUGGAGAUUUUCUUCUCAAGAAACAAUGCUUUUUUCGCUAGCAGGCGCCUCAAGUUCUUGCAGAGAAUUUCGUACCUGAAUGUUGGCAUCUACCCAUUCACCUCAUUGUUUUUGGUGGUGUAUUGCUUCAUUCCUGCACUCUCCCUUUUCUCUGGGCAGUUCAUAGUGGAAGGCUUGAAUGUGGCUUUCUUAACCUAUUUGUUGCUCAUCACCAUUUGCCUCACUCUGAUAUCCCUCCUUGAAGUGAAAUGGUCAGGCAUUGCCCUUGAGGAAUGGUGGCGAAAUGAGCAGUUUUGGGUGAUUGGUGGCACCAGUGCUCACCUUGUUGCUGUCAUACAAGGUUUGCUAAAGGUUGUGGCUGGCAUAGAGAUUUCCUUUACCUUAACCUCUAAGUCAGCAGGUGAUGAAGAUGACGAUGAAUAUGCGGAUCUUUACAUUGUGAAAUGGACAAGUCUCUUCAUCAUGCCACUAACAAUUAUCAUCAUUAACAUAAUUGCUUUGGUGAUGGGGUUCUUAAGGACUGUGUUCAGUGUGAUUCCACAGUGGAAUAAGCUCUUGGGAAGCAUGUUCUUCAGCUUCUGGGUACUCUCUCAUAUGUACCCUUUUGCUAAAGGGUUGAUGGGAAAGAGAGGAAGGGUGCCCACAAUUAUUUAUGUCUGGGCAGGAAUUCUCUCCAUUACCAUUGCACUCCUUUGGAUCACAGUUGACCCUCCAAGUGACACUAUCCAGACAUAG